CAGUGCGCGGUGACGUCACGGCCCCUCCCGUUGUGUGCGCGGUGACGUCAGAGGAGGGGGGCUCGGUGAUAAGAUGGCGGCUGGAGGGUCCCGGGGAGAGCACAGUAACUUCGGACACCCUGUGGCCUAACAUCUCUUCUCCUCUCCCCGAGAUGUCCAGCUAUUUACAAUGAAUAGCAAGGAAUGUGCCGAGCUAUCAGAAAACAGCCACCAUAUCAAGGUUUUCCUACCCAAGAAGCUGCUGGAGUGUUUACCUAAGUGCACGGUUUUGCCUAAAGAGAGACAACGCUGGAACACCAAUGAGGAAAUCGCCUCUUACCUUAUCACCUUCGAGAAGCACGACGAAUGGCUAUCCUGCGCCCCUAAGACCAGACCCCAGAACGGUUCCAUCAUCCUAUACAACCGGAAGAAGGUGAAAUACCGGAAAGAUGGCUAUUGCUGGAAGAAGAGGAAGGACGGAAAGACCACACGGGAAGAUCACAUGAAGCUGAAAGUGCAGGGUAUGGAGUGCCUCUAUGGAUGCUACGUCCACUCGUCCAUUGUUCCAACCUUUCACCGACGCUGCUACUGGCUCCUACAGAACCCAGAUAUUGUUCUAGUUCAUUAUCUGAAUGUUCCAGCCAUUGAGGAUUGUGGGAAGAUCUGCGGCCCCAUUCUGUGCUCCACAAGUAGUGACCGGAAAGAGUGGAUGAAAUGGAGCAAAGAAGAUCUCAUCAGCCAACUGAAACCCAUGUUUCAUGGCGUUAAGUGGUCCUGCAGUAACGGGAACGGAACUAGCGAGUUCUCCAUAGAGCAACUUGUACAGCAGACGCUGGAAACACACCAAGCCAAACCCCCACCCCGCACCCACACCUGUCUGUGUAACACCACUCUGGGAUCAUCCGGCAGCGUUCCUCACAAAUGUACCAGCACCAAGCACCGCAUCAUCUCUCCAAAGGUGGAGCCUCGACUGUGCCCAUUCCUUGCUCUUACCGAGGUUCAGAACUUCUCUUCGUCUUCUACGGAGCCAGACCAAGGCAAGGAACGAAGACCAGGGCAUAGGGGAGCCAAGGCACCUUUGGCCAAUGACGCCAGCUCCUCACAUUCCUUCCCAGACCUACCAGACACCACUCAGACCUCCCCUCCGCUGACACUCACAAAUGGAUUCUACGCCGAUAGGGAGCUGGCUGGAGUCACCAUAACGACCACCCCUGGUGUUCCCGGCAUUAGUGCGGUGCUGGUGAUGACCGGAAUUGCAGAGAAGCCCCUGGCAUUGACACCCAGCCAACAUCUUUUGCCAGCAGACGCCUGUAAGGAUUACUCCUCUAUUCUUUAACCCUCGAUGUGAUAGUCUCUUAGACGUCCGUGAGUGUAAACCUUAUGCUACAAGUAACAUGCAAAACACAAGCAGUAAAGAUUCACACUGUUUAUUGUUUGUUUAACAAAAGUAUAUAAAAGAAAGGAUUUAGGGCGUGUAUGUCCCAAGUCAAUAACUAAUUGGACAGAACACAAAAGGGGGUUAACAUAACAUGAUUGGCUAGGAACUGCCGCAGCGGAAGGAUAUACAUAUAUGGGCAAGUUUGUACUCAAACAGAAAAGUUAUGCACACGGUAUAAAAAGAUAACAGACAAAGACAGUAGCAAAAAUGUGCUGGAACAAACAGUUCUGUAACACAAACAAUUCUAUGACAUGCGAAGCAGAGACGAGCUUUAACCCUUUCAUUCCCCUCUUAGAAUCAUUAUUGUUAUACUAUAUGAUUCUUGCAAAGCUUACGUCUUUCUGCACGCCAGUGGACUAGAUACUGGGCGUAUGACUCAGGGCCAGGUACCUCAGUCUCAGUAGUAUGGGACAGGGCACCAUUGUACAUUAUAGCAUUAUCGAUACCUUUGGAGGUGAGCUUCUUACAGCACGGGAUAAUACAGUAAACAAUAGUGGUAACAAGAAUAAGGGUAAUAAGUAUAACUAUACCUAUUUGUAUAAGGGCUUGUUUCCAGUUUUCAACCCAUCCAAAGUAUUGGCUCCAUGGAUUAUCAACACCUGAGUUCCUUUUGAGUUCCUUUGAUAAUGACUCUAGUUUCUGUAUGGCUAAUGUUAUUUUACCGUUAGGACCUGUGUUAUCAGGGAUAUAGGUACAACAUCCUUCGGCUUUGUUGAUGUAAACGCAUGUACCACCUUUUUCUGCUAGCAUCAUAUCCAGAGCCAUCCUAUUUUGGAAGGUCAUAUGGGAAGUAGCUUCUAGUUGCUCAGAUAUUCCCAGAAGGGCCUCUUUGGUAUCAUUAACAAAUCUUUGUUGGUUAUAAUAUACAUAGUUAAUCCACGCUACAUUUUUGUUCACAGUCACUAUAGGGAAUAAAGAUUCAAAUCCUGCAGCUA